CGUCAUUUAGUUGGUAAAGCGACGCAGCAUGGAGAACAUGUCGAACAUGUCGAACAGUAGACGGCAGCUCCUGGCACUGCUCCUGCCCCUGCUGGUGGUCAGCGGGGCUCAGGCCGAAUACGGUGACUUGGCCGGCAAUUGGCUGGUGGAUUACGGACAGGCCGAGCUCCGUCUUUUCAGCGAUGGAAGUGCGCAGCUGCAGCUGCACAUUUACAAUGUCCAGCCGCAGGAUGGCGCCUUGGACUAUCAGUUUGUGGUGCGCUCGAGCGACGAGCUGAGGGCCCUGGCAUAUAGGACCGUGCCCCGGCAGGACUUCGAAGCCAGCGGCAGUUGGCAGGGCACGGUGGACGUGACGGGCAAACGCUUCGGCUACAGCGAGCUGCUGGUGGAGCUGCACUCCGCUGACGGCGUUGCAGUCGAGGCAUUCCCGCAGCCCCUGUCCAUUGCGGUGCUGAGGGAGCGCGUGGUCGAUGAGCGGGUAACCACAUAUGUGUCCGCGGCCCUGGCCCUGCUGAUGUUCCUCAAUCUGGGCACUGUGCUGGACCUGCAGCGCCUGCAGGGCAUCGUGUGUCGGCCCGUGGGUCCUGUGGUCGGCAUCGUCAGUCGGUUCGUGGCAAUGCCAGCCCUGGGCUUUGGCCUGGGCCGUGCCCUCUGGCCGGGGCAGCAGCCCCUGCAGCUGGCCCUGUUCUACACAGCGCUGGCCCCCAGUGGCGGUCUGGCCAACGUGUGCGCCGUUUUCCUGAAGGGGAACAUCAACCUGUCGAUUGCCACCACCACCAUCAACAGCCUGCUGGCGCUGGCCUUCAUGCCGCUGUGGAUCAUGGUCCUGGGGCGUCUCGUCUACGACGACGACGAGCUGACGGUGCCCUUUGGCCAGCUCUCGGGCGGUGCGGCGGCUCUGGUCGCCUGCCUGGCCAUUGGCCUCCUGCUGCGCCUGUGCGUGCCCAAGACAACGCGCUUCAUCUUUCGCUUUCUCAAGCCGCUCUCGGUGGUGCUCAGCCUGUGUCUGGUGGGUCUGACGGUGGGCCUCAAUUGGUUCGUCUUUGCCGAGUUCACCUGGCAGGUGCUGGUGGCUGCUCUCUGCCUGCCCGUGGCCGGCUAUCUGGCCACCUACUUGCUGUCCAAGCUGCUGUGCCGCUCGCCCACCGAUGCCCUCACCCUGGCCAUCGAGACGAGUGUGCUGAACAUGACCAUGCCCAUUGUGCUGCUGCAGGCCAGCCAGCUGGAGCAGCCGCAGCUGGAUCUCAUCCUGGUGGUGCCCAUAGCGGCAUCGCUGCUCUCCCUGGUGCUCGUCGUCGUCCUCUAUGGGGUGCGCCGCUGCCUCGGUUGGAAUGUGCGCCAGGAUGAGCACGCCUUCGAUCACAAGCAGCUGAUCGCUGAGCACGACGAGGCCGUCUACCAGCGACCUUGAGCGCAUCAGUUCCGCUCUGUCCUAGUUUCCUGUUAUUGUUAAUUCCUAUGAUAAGAAUACGUGCGCGAGUAUAUGUCCAUAUGUGUGUUUAUGAUGAUAAGUUGGUAAAUAAAUCAAA